UCUCUCUCUCUCUCCCUCUCUCCCUCUCCCUCCCUCUCCCUCUCCCUCUCCCUAGGGUUUUGGAAAUCUGCCAAAAGCCUUUAAUUCAUUGAAGAUGCAACUGACCCUCGAAUUUGGUGGGGGACUGGAGCUUCUUUGUGAUUCAGUAAAGAUCCAUAAAAUCAAUGUUGACCCAGAGGCUGGAGUAGAGAAGUUAACCAUGAAACACUUGCUCGCUUGGGUUCGUACCAAUUUGAUCAAGGAGAGGCCUGAAAUGUUCAUGAAAGGAGAUUCUGUGAGACCUGGGGUUCUAGUCCUCGUGAACGAUUGCGAUUGGGAACUAACUGGCCAGCUUGACACAACACUGGAAGAGAAGGAUGUUGUAGUUUUCAUUUCGACUUUGCAUGGUGGAUAGUGUCUAAAAUUUCGCCUUGUUGGUGAUUAUUCACCUUUCAGUAUAUUAUUAUCGUUGAAACCAAAUCCUGUCUGUUAAAUUCAUCAUUAAUGAUGAAAUAUUUGAGCAUUUGAGAAAGUGGAUCCUGGUCACAAGCAUUGAAGGUUGUAACUCAGAAUUGAAGUGUAUGAUAUAUUCCUUAUCCUUUGUGUCUCUGCAUUUUGGGAACAUUGCUUUAUCA